AUGCAUCCAACUUCUAACACAAACGAAAAACCUACCGUAACCUUGGCGCAACCCACAAAACAGUUAUUUCAGUGCGCGCUAGAUGCUAAUGAGACAAUAUCUGAACAGGAUGCCGCGUCCGCGUUGAUAGAACUGCUUCAAAGAGAUUCCGAAAGUCUUCUAGCAAAAGUCCUCCAAGCCAGCCGUCCUCUCUCUCGGGAUUGCAGUCAGCCGGAAUCGCUCCUGCAUUAUGGACAAAUAGCCCUGAAUUGCCUACAGACUAAAAGUCUACCUUCAGCGUUGGAGAAGCUAACACCAAUUCUAGAGUUUUUUGUCGCUAUGUCGUACUUCUCAGGCCAGUCGCUACGAUGGACUCGAACUCUGGCAUGUAAUUGUCCCUCUGGGGAAAUGAGGGCUUCGGAAGGCGACUGUCACGACCGUCCUCCAGAUUCUCAACUACCUUUACGACUUCUGAUGGUUACUGCGAUGAUAGAGCUUCGUUUGCGUCUGCUCACAGCCAUGAGUACGACUGAGGACAAGGAAGAAUUGGUUGAUGCAAUGUCCGAUGACGCGGUUUCUGAACUGUUCUUGCAGUUGUUAGACUUCAGCGAUCUCCUCUUGGAAUCCCUAGUGUCUUGGAAUUCGACCUUAUCUACAGACAGCAUGGACGCUUGUAACGAAGACAUUUCAAACACAGUUCUCGGCUGCCUGGCGACCUUCCUGCGAUGGACAGUCUUCUACAUGACAAAUCACUUCUUGUCGGUCGUUGAUGAUGCGGCCGCUUUCGACGAGACUUUCUUCAAGCCCGGAAAUCCAUCCUCUGCUGAAUAUAUGGCCCUUGCCAACCGCUUCAAGAACAAAUUCUGGUUACCGGUCCUGCCGGUCAUACAGAGAGUUAUACCCUUGGCUUUUCGUUUUUCUGCCGAACCCAUCUGCACAGACAAUCGCGACCAAGUGCGCGUGGAAUUUCUAGCAGUUUGCCGCAUAUCGAUAUGUUCCUUGGCGCGAAUGUUCCCACGAGUCCUUCUUUCAACGAUUAACUUUGGGACCGUGGAUUUUGUGAACUGCCUCUCCCUGGACCUAUCCUCGCCUCAUCUCCACAGUACAUCCUCCUGUGAAGAGAGCCUUUCGUCCCAGAAGCGUUUGUUUGAGCUAACAGAUGGCAUUUGUGAUCUCACACUGCUGCUCGAUACGGGCUUGUCGUCUGCGGAAUCGCUCGAAAAAGCGAUGUCUCAGGUCGACCAGCUGGUUGCUGCUUCGUCAGAGAAUAGUGGACAGCCGAUGCCUUUGAAGGAUGCCUGCAUUCCCCUUCUAGGACGCCUAUUUUUUGAACUUCUUGACGCCAAAAAGCAAUCGGUCCUUGGCGCUGUCCUUUCUACACAAUCCCCUCCGGGAACAGGUAUUCUUUGA